CUAAUCCAAGGCGGAAUGACGAUAAGGGGCGUGGUCUGCACAGAGGGGGCGUGGUCAAUAACAAGCGAGAGCUUCGCAGGUGUAGAAAGAGGCGUGGCCUGCGCAAGGGGGCGUGUUCCCCGCAUGCGCAGUGCAGCGCUUCCGUCGCGGUCCGAGCGCGAUCGGGAGGCGGGAGCCGGGCCCAGCCGCGCCGAGCCCAGCCCAGCCCGGCAGCCCCGGCCCGGCCUAACCCGGCCCAGCGGCGCCAACGCCAUGGCCAGCUCUCCUGUGUCCCGCGUCGUCUAUAACGGGAAGCGGAGCGGCGGCCCGCGCUCCCCUGGCGCCGGCAGCGAGAUCUUCACGCCGGCCCACGAGGAGAACGUGCGCUUCAUCUACGAGGCCUGGCAGUGCGUGGAGCGGGACCUGCGCAACCAGAUGGGCUCUGAGCGUGGACUGGUCGAGGAGUACGUGGAGAAGAUGCCGAACCCCAGCCUGAAAGCAUUUAAGCCUGUCGACCUGGGUGACCUGAAGAGGAGGAACACACAGGAUGCGAAGAAAUCCUAAGCCGAGUCAGCCCUGCGAAUCAGCUGUCUCCUAAGGUCCUCAAGCAGAUUUGAUUUGAGAUUUUGUGUUGAUUUCCUCCUCUGGUCUGUACUCCCCAAUGCCCAUGGGAAAGCCAGUCAGCUUUGGGGCUGGCUCUGAAGCUGCCUGGAGUCCAAGAUGCUCAGGGGCUCGCUGAGGGUGCCUGGAGCCUGUCACAAAGUAUUCCAGCCCCCCACCCAUAGCUUUUUCUGGCCUCAAGCUGUCCUUCCCCACUCCAUGCUGGGCUCACAGAUUUCCUGUUCUCCUUCUGUCUCCAUCCUGGUGUGCAAGGCGUGUGGGCUCCCAGGGCUCUGGUGCGCAGCAGGGAGGAGUAGCUGCGUUGAUGGCAGAGGCAGCAUGAGUUCUCUGCUCCCUCCUGUGCACCAGGGAUUCUCAGCUGCUAGGCGGGCCAGGGAGGGAAGGGAGGAGGGUUGGUUCUGUCCUUCUACCUUGGGACAGACAAACAGCUCCAAGUCAGCCCCUGGCUGCUGGGCAGGCCCCACCGUCUCUUCCUUGCUCCUUUCCACUAGGGCUUGGUUUGUACUUGGGCUACUGGUGCCUGGGACGUGACAGAGCUCCUGGGUCCAGAUUUUCCUUGUGCAUAGAUUGGGCCGGAUCUCUGUGGUGCUGGAGAAGGAGCUGCCCCUCUUUCCCUGCAGUUGGAGGCAUAUGGGCAGCCAGCGCUAGCCCCAGCAGCACCAGGGGUUGGGAGCCAUCGGAGAGACGGGUGCUGACUGUGCAGAAGGAAUCCUGCUGGCAUUGCUGCCUGAGCAGUGCUGUGCUGUUCCAUACUAACACCAUUUUCCAGACGUGCACCCUUGGAAGAGAUCCAGCUUCCACAGCUGGCGGAAAUGUCACGGCCUGGGGCUGCCCUUGCUGCUGUGGCUUGCCUUGGUGAGGACUUUCUUGAGACCCUCACUCCUGACAAGGCUGUAGUGGUUUCUGCAUCACCUCUGAGCCAGCGAGUGUGACUUUGCUGUCCUCGUGGCGGCUGCCUCUCUGUGCCCUCCAGAGGCUAUGGGAAGCAGUGGGAGCAUCCCCCUGCCCACUUACAGCUGUCGUGGAGGGGGCUGCUGGGGGCUCUGCCAGUGCCGCAGGCUUCGGGAGGUGCAGGGAAGUUGUGGCUGCCGUUACCUUUCCUUUGUUGAGUUGUUGAGCUCUACUGUUCCCUUCUCUUUUCUUUCUGUGUCUGUCACUUGAGGAGUGCUAUAAAUAAAAGCUGGCGUCUU